UGCGAUUCUCACCGUCACUGAAUCAUCAUCGUCUGAUCUUCCCUCCUCUCUGUCUCUCAAUCUCUAAUGGCGUCUCGAGGCGGUAUCCUAUCGAAGUUUUCAAACGCCGUCUCCCAAUCUCCGAUUGUCUACCGAGGAAAGCGAGCGGCUUCUGACGUAGGUUACGUGGCGAAUCGCCUCCUAGAAUCCACCAAAAAAGCUGCUUGGAUCGCUGGUACGACCUUCCUUAUUCUGAUCGUCCCUCUCAUCAUCGAAAUGGAUCGCGAACAGCAGCUUAACGAACUCGAUAUGCAACAGGCUAGUCUUCUUGGAACUCCUUCCCUCGGCUCCACCGCAGGCCCAUUAAAUUGAUUUGUUUUUCAUUCAAUUGCGAAUAUUCGAAUCGGUUCUUGCAAUUUGAGGCUUCUUGUUGGAUUUGGGGUUUAGGGUUUUAUUAUAUGUUGAUGAAAUUAGUAACAUGAUCAUGUGUUAUGGUAUAACAUUUUAAGUAUAGUUACUGUUAUGUUAUUAGUGUA